AUGGGUCGUAGUAGGGCUCGAAAGUUUUACAAAAAUCCUAACAGGUUUUUUGAAUUUUGUCUGAAUCGUCUUGCUCAAGAAGCUAAAGCAAAGUCAUGGAAGGUUGCUAACGUCUAUGCAAAGGCUUUGGUUUCUUUAAGGAAGUAUCCAAUCAGGCUUACAUCCGGUAAAGAAUGCCAGAUCCUCAGUGGUUUUGGACCAACAAUCUGUGAUAGUUUAGAUCGACAGCUAAAGGAAUUUGCCGAGAAACGUGGCCUCUCUCUAUCUGAGGCACUUUCAUUUGGCAAUUCUCUAACGUUCAGUGAGCUGUUGGAUCUUUAUCCUGAACCUGUGAAGUCUGAUGCGUUGUCCACAGCAUCUGUGUUGACUAGCGAACCGUUGAUGCCGAUUGUGCGCCCGACAGUCGAGAGCUUUAAUCCUCAAUCACCCCUCAAGCCACCCGCUCAUCCACCAGUUUUGGUAGACUUGACAAAUCAUGCCUCCCUUGACGCGCCAUCGACGCAAGACGACACACCAUCCACUCACUUUCCUGGAGGCUCUUACACCAUCACACUUUUAGUAGAUGUCCGGGAGACCUUUGGAAUGAAUAGGCUUAAGGACUUGCUCAAUGCACAUGCUGUGAGUUGGGAAGCCAGAAGUCUUCCUGUCGGUGACUUUGCUUGGAUAGCACGGUCCGCCGAAGGGCCUACCAGUGCCGAGGAAGUUGUUUUAGGUGUGAUAGUCGAGCGCAAAAGGGCAGAUGACCUUGCUUCCAGCAUCGUUGAUGGUCGAUUUAUGGAACAAAAAGGGCGGAUGCACAAACUGGGGUUCAGAAAAAUUUACCUUUUUGAGGAAUGCGGGUCCAUGUACAACCUCCGAAUAUCAUACGAAACCCUCCUACAAGCCAUGGUCAACGCUCAGCUCAUUGAUGGAUUCGACUUUAUCAAUUGCUCAAACGGCGAACAGUCUGUUGCCUACCUGGCUUCGUUAACACGGUGGCUGCACGCGAAAUCUCGGUUUGACUGUGCCGUCUACUCGGACGGUCGCAGACCCCUCAGCCCCACCGCUGGCUGCAAUCGUCUCUGGGGCAUUCCGUGGACUCAAUUCGCUGCCAUCGGCAAGAAGUCGCCUGUGUUGCCCCUUCGGGAGCAGUUUGGUCUCCACCUCCUUCAAAUCCACUCAAUCACCGGUCCCAAGGCAGAGGAGAUUGUCAACGCGUUCCCCACACCCAAGAGGUUAGGAGCAGGGCCAAAUGUCCUGGGGGCCCUAUUCCCCCGUCACGGUCCACAUGUGCAGUUCUAUCGCACUCUGAUUCGUCCCGUCUGGUUAGCCAAUAAGGCUGUCGCGAUCAUUUUCCACGGCAUUGCCUGUUCCCUGCGUUGUAGCAUAUUCGAAGCCUACGACAGUUUGUCUUCGGAGAACGACAAGAAGGCGAUGCUAAUGAAACACAAGAAGUCGGCGGGUCUCAAAACCAUGACACAAAGAACGAGUGAGAUGAUCUACUACGUGUACAAUCUUGUGUGA